CUUAGCAUGGGCAUGCGCGGCAUGCGAUUUUAGUCCAUGUGGGAAUGGGAAUCUAAGAAAAUGCCCAUCCUUAGAUCCGCUGGAGUUUGGAGAUCCCACCUCUACUCGCCACCCACUCUUUUCUAAACAUCCCAUCCCAUCCCCUCCUUCCCCCUCCUUGCCACGCUCCUCUCCCCGACCCAACACAAGGCCUAGAACAUACGAGUAAGUUGUCCAACGUCGGCCCGUGGACGUUCAGGCUGCUCUAUUGCCGCCGUUCACGUCGAUCGACAGACAGAACCAUGCAACACUCGUCCCGCCCUGUUCGAUCCGUAUCGGAGGCGAAACGACUGCGCGAUGUCUUCUUGCUCUACAGCCUCGCUUUCAAGGACCUCCCUAGUGUCCAGCUCACAGGGACCUCGCCAGACAGUUGGGGACUCCCAAAGGAUCAUGUUGCAUCCCCCUCCAAGGACUCGGCUUUGACGGCCUUCGCGCAGCUGGCGUGUACACGACUAGGAGCUAAGCGGGCGAUGAUCUCGCUCGUAGACAAACAGCAUCAACAUAUCCUCGCAGAAGCCACCCCGGAGCUGAGUUUGCGUGCGAGCUCGCGCUCUGAUGUGCACAACUCCCUUUGGCUCGGGAGUGUCAGUAUUCCUAGAUCGUUGGCUCUGUGCGAGAGCGUCCUCAACCUUGAUGCCUCUUCGGUCACAGGGAAGGAUCCAGUGGUCAUCAUCAAUGAUAUGUCCCAGAGCGAAAUUUACUCAAAUUAUGACUACGUCAAGAACGCACCACACCUGCGCUUCUAUGCCGGCAUACCACUAGUCAGUCCCUCUGGCGCAAUCGUCGGUGCUCUAUGCAUACACGAUGAUAAGUCCCGAGACGGAUUGUCGGAGGCAGAUGUGAUCGUCCUUCUGGACCUCGCGAUAACCAUUGCCGAGUACCUCGACACGUAUACCAUCAAGAAUCAUUUUCGCCAUGGCGAACAAUUAACUAGGGGGCUUAUCUCCUUCUCAGAUGGAGCCAGCACUCUACAACCUUUCCAAGACGAUGUUGAGCAGGCUUUACCCCCCAGUGCAGAACUACCCAAUAAUUACGAAGCAGAAAACACGAUUGACCAGUCACAGCACAAUCUCGAACCCAGUGCGAAAAGGCUCCCUGAACUAGGUCCACAAGACCAUGAAAGCAUUACUAGUAACAGCUCAGACCUAACAGUUACAACUCGUAUGCUUUUCGGUGCGAAGCCCGCCGCUCAGACCUCACGCAGCGGACACAGCGGACACAGCACUGUGAGAAGGCUCCAGGAGAGCAUUUUACCUGCAAAUGCGAAAUCAAUGUUCGCACGAGCAGCCACUAUCAUGCAAGCGUCCAGCGACCUAGAUGGUGUAGCAUUCCUGGAUGCUUCCGUCGCGGGCGUGCGAGAUCGUGACCACGGACGAGCCACGGACCCUCAUUUGGGAAGUUUAAGUAGUUCGGGCGAAUCCAACGAUUCAAAAUCCAGUGAAAGCAGCAGUUUGGGCAGUCAACGUAGUUUCGUCUAUCGGCCCAAUCAGUCAUCCAAAUCAGACUCACCAAAGAAAUGCCAGGUGCUUGCCUGCGCUAUAUCGGCUAAGGCCGCAAAAUUGGCUGGUGGUGAUUUACAACCUAUCCUCGAGGUGGACUUCACUAGCCUUCUUCGCCAAUUCCCCAACGGCAAGGUUCUCAACUUCGAUAACGAAGGCGAACUUCUAUCUUCUUCGGCAGAAGAUUCUGACACGUCAAGUAGUGCUUCGACAGAUGCAGCCGCCGCAGAAGAAGCAUCCAAACGCAAGAACACUGCAAUGCGUCUAAAACGUUCCUCCAAGGUUUUGCGAACCGCUCUACCACAUGCGCGAAGUGUUUUGUUUGUUCCCCUGUGGGAUUAUGAGCGCUCAAGAUGGUUUGCUGGGUGUCUUUGUUGGAGCAACAGCCUCGAUCGAUUACUCUCCCCCCUCGUGGAUAUGUCAUAUGUUAAGGUUUUCGGAAGCUCUAUAAUGACGGAGCUAUCAAGGCUGGAUGCGUUGGCCACGACGAGGGAGAAGACCACUUUUAUGGCCUCUGUGUCGCAUGAGCUUCGCUCACCGCUUCACGGCAUCUUAGGCACUCUCGAAUUCUUAAACGAGACGGCUCUAGACUCCUUCCAGAGCACGAUGUUGAACUCACUUACUGCGUGUGGGAGAACGCUGCUCGAUACAAUCAACCAUCUCCUAGACCACGCCAAAAUGAACGACGUGAGGCCGCUUGCUUCCUCCAAGAAAUUGAAGGGCACACAGACCAUACGCAUAUACUCGAAGCCAAAUCGAUUCCUGAGGCCAAAUUCCUGGCCUGCCAAUGCUCCCGGCCUCGACCUAGGCAUCGUUACAGAAGAAGUUGUGGAGGCAAUGUUUUCAGGGCAAUCCUAUCUCUCGGUUGUAGGUGGGCAUGGAGAUCUACCAGACGUAUCACCGGGACAGUCUACGACAUCUUCCCCGGAUCACGUAUUACGACGGAAAACGUGCUACAUCGUUCUUGAUCUGUCACAAGAAGACGACUGGUCGUACUGUCUUCCAAUCGGUGCUUGGAGGCGUAUUGUCAUGAACAUCUUCGGCAACGCCAUGAAAUACACGCAUAGCGGCCGCAUUCACGUCCAGCUAUCCGCAGGGGAACCACAGAAAGACAACGACAGAUCUCGCGUCAUCACUCUAACCAUCACAGACUCCGGAUCAGGCAUAGGUGCCGAUUUUCUCGCCAACCAGAUCUUCGAACCCUUCACGCAGGAGAACCCACAUUCGAGCGGCACCGGCCUGGGUCUCAGCAUCGUACGCCAAAUUAUCGAGAGCAUUGGCGGAAAAAUCGAGGUCCAAAGCGACCAAUCCGUCGGCACGAAGAUGACCAUCAAGAUGGGCCUUCUACGACCGGAAAACAUCUACGAAGUGUCUCCCCAACGACAGCAAUUCCUCUCGAUCCUGCCCCGCUUGAAGAACAAGCGCAUCUGCAUCCUCCACCGGAAAUACGAGCCCCCGACUGAAACUUCCGGCGCACCCCAGGACGUCGAGGGCAUGUCGCAUUUCGUUGACGCUCUCGCGAAAACCCUGACCGAGACUCUGGGCAUGAAAGUCGUCCAGACGACAGAGUGGGAGGGCCACGAUGCAGACCUCGUUAUUUGCCCCGAACCUUCCUUCGCGUACCUCAACGCCAUCCGGCAGCACAGGAGAUCGGACGGAAAGGCUCCGGUGUCUAUCUUCAUCGCGCUGGAUGCUUUAGAGGCGUCGACGUUGCGAUCGGACGUCCGCGUUAGCAACAAGGAGUCCGUAGUCGAAAUCAUGACGCAGCCUUGCGGACCAUACAAACUAGCCUACAUCAUCGACCGCUGCCUAAACCGCUUCGGUCUCCCCGAGGAGAACGUCCCGUCGCCGUUCACGCCAUUACAAAGCCCACACGUCAGUCUAUCCAGGAGAGCGAGGGACGAAAGUCUCGGCUCGGUCGAAAGCAGUGGCGGCUCGGACUACUUUGGCAGAAGCUCUGAGAUGUAUUCUUCUAAUUCGUCGCUCAAGUUCCCAGUUGCACAGGACGAUGAGGCAGAGGUUAAUACCCCGACGGUGAAAACAACGCCUAAGGCCACACCAGUGGAAGAUCAAGGGCUUACACCCCCAUCACUAAACGAGAUACAGAAGGGCGCACGCAUACUAAUCACGGACGACAAUCCUAUAAAUAGGAAGCUCCUCGUAGCGUUCCUGAGGAAACGCUCGACGCCAUACGCGGAAGCCACCAACGGCCUCGAAGCUCUGCUCUCCUACCAAGAACGUCGUGGUAGAUUCGACGUCGUCCUUAUGGAUCUAUCCAUGCCAGUUAUGGACGGCAUGACGGCUACACGACGGAUCCGCGAGUACGAACAGAAGCACAAGGCGCCCCGCUCAUACAUCAUCGCUCUCACGGGUCUUGCCUCGGCGAGCGCGAGGCUGGAAGCAUGGAGCUCCGGGGUGGACUUCUUCAUGACGAAGCCGGUUGACUUCAAGGAGCUCGGCAGGGUGAUCGAGAAGGAGAGGGAGAGGCGAAGUAAUGUCGUGGGCGAUUGAGGAACGAUUCAGGUUACGGCGUUUUCCAUCCUUGGAAUCUUAAUGUUGGAUCCGAUAUUGUCCCAGCUGAUGAUCGUUUCAUUGGCCUCCAAAGGCCAUUCAAAAGAUAGAGGCGUACAGGGCAAGAGACGCUCUGCGUCGUGCCCGCAACAAGGCCCAAUCCAAGGUGCUCCGCUCAUCGUGCCGACCUUUGUGUCUGUACGCGCGAUGAUGGCCGCCAGUAAUUCAGCAGUGAUCCGCUGAUUCGGAUCAGGAAGCAACAUGGCGAGGCACCACUCCAGAGCUGGUAGAAUCCUCGCCCCAUCUACCCGCCCGCGGCCCGCACCGUACACAUUUCGCGGCUGCCUCGCGGCGGAAUAGAGUUCCCGUA